AUGAAAAAACUGCUGCCUAAUUCUAAUUAGUUGCCCAAGUUUCCUUCAAAGAAGAUAUGGAAAAAUGAUGAAAAAGUCAUCAACGAAAGGCGAGUUCAACUAAUGGAAUAUCUAAACAAUUUGAGCAAGAAGGCAGAUUUAAUACAUUAUGAGUAUGCUUGUAGUUUUCUUAAAAUCGAAGGUUAUUUGAGAGACUAUCUGAACGACCUAGUAGUAAGGUCUGAUAAUGAGUCUCCUUAAAACUGUAAUGCUACAAAGGGAACGAAAAGGAAAUCGAUAUUAGAUUCACUUAGAAUAAGCACCAACCAUAGACAGGGAACGAAGAACUCUGACGACAGAGAAGAUAAUGAAUUUGAUUUCAUGGACAAUAGUGAAAGUGGAGACGAAUCUCUAAAUAGAAUACCACUAAAAUUAGCCAAGUCAACUGUUGAGUUCAAGACUAAGAAGAUUGAUAACAGUACUAAGCUCUACCUUAAUAAAAAGUAACUUUCUAGCAGCAUGGUGAAGGUAUCAACCCCAACAGGAGGAUGUGGGGGAGAUUAGAACAUUUUAGAGGCUGAAAUUGACCUUUUAACUCUUUAUAAGAAAUUGAGACUCUCAGAGGAGGAGAUCGUGCUUACCUUCUUUAAGAACAUUAAUAUCAAGGAGCAGAGCAAGGAUCAUUGGAUCAGAGACUUCGAAGACUUUUAUUUCAAGAUAAGACCAAAGUUUCAGUCCAAACUCAUUCGAUUACUGUUAGAGGGCGAUAUGACAAUUAACAUUUAAGGUCUUUUUUAUUUCAUGAGUGAGAUUGAAACUUCCUUUGUGAGUGCAUGCUCCACAAUUCAAUUAAUAUCAAAACUGAUAGACUUUCAAAAGAAUAUAUAUGCUGAUACAUUCAUUAAGGAGCUUGUCAGGAUUGACCCUAACAACAUGCGUAAAUACAACUUUGAAGGUUUCCUUGAAAAAGAAAACUCAGAGGGCUAUCGUUAGUCUGCUCUGCACAUUCUACAGAUAUAUGUGGACCGUCGUAUAGCAUUCAAGAACACUAUUGGGACAAUUGCUGGCAAUCUAAAGCAUGCUGAGGCUUUUGAGAACCAAAGAUACAAUGUAGCUCCUUCAAUUAAAAAUGAAAGUGAAGAGUAAAUUAUCAGCGUUAUUGUUAAAGACUCUAAACUCUAGUAAGAAGUUCUGAAUUAGAUCAGAGCGAAGAAUAUAGUCAAUCAAUAAUUUUCCACAUCCUCAGCCCCUAAUAUGAACCCUCAAUUAAAAAAGCAAGAUUCCAGUAGAAAACUUAAUUCUACCUUUUUAAUAGCUAAAAAGAGAAAUAGUCAGUUAAGUAAUAAUUUUCUCCAAAGUAAUCAGAAUACUCAUACUCAGAGCAAUGACUCAUUAAGCAAUCCCUCAGACUUGAAUGAUCAGGCAGGCAAUUCCAGUAUCUCAAGGACGCCAAACAAAAGUGAGGACUUCACUGAGAUCCUGAUCAAGAAAUUUUCCUUGCUUAAAUAUGAGCAACUCAUUAAAGAUAUAGCCAACUCCCAAGUUAAAGUUAAUAAUCAAGUAUCGAACAUUCUAGAAUACAUGCAUAUAAGUAAGCAGAAUAAGAACUGCGACUUAUUCAUUAAGAUUAGUGAUACAUUAAUUCCUAGACAGCCUAUCCUAUUCAAGUUGACUAACAUUCAAGACUUCCAGGUUCAUGCUGCUCUAAUGAAGUCUCUCAAGUCCUCCAGUCACAGCAUAAGGACGCUAAAGUACAUCGACCAUAGCAGCUAGCUCCUCGAAAUGUCCAAAGAUACCAGCAAAGUGCAAGUAAUGAUGCAACUUUCAGCCUAUUCUAGUCCAGAUAACUCUUCUGAGAAAUACCUCUUCUACAUUGUCUCAGUAAAUAGCUAGAUGUCUAGUGACUCUAAAGUAGAGGACAGUAAGAAAAUUUGUUAAUUCUUAAUAAUUCUCAUAGGUCAAGAUAGAUAUGCUAUAUUGUGCUUGAAGAAGUCAAGGAACCUAGAGUAGAGACAAGCAGCUGGAGGAAUCAAAUCUAUGAUAGAGUCAUUCAGCAAGGACAAGUAGUCUAAGACCAGCAAGAUCGAGGCUUUCUUAUUUAUCAAGAAGGGCUCGAUAGUCCCUAGCUCCUAGAACUACAAUGAACGCUUGACCAACAUUACAGACAAUAACUUUGCAGAUAGAACUCUGACUCAGGAAGACCUUAAGGCAUCAGGGGUUAUUAACCUAACUGAUGAGUACUUGAAUUCAUCAAUGAAUGAAAACGAGGACAAGUUGAUCCAGGCCCUCAAGAGCAGUCUGACAGAUAUGCUCACUGGCUAGGGAGAUGAAAAUAUCAGUGAUAAUUAGCAGCAGUAGCAACCGAUUCAAAAUCAAACUUAGGCUUAGAUGCAAUUAUCACAGUUAUAGUAGAUAGCUUUGAAAAAUAAGCAAAACAGCAACAGUAUGAGCAGUUUAAGCCCAAUUAAAGGCACUGGACAAUAGGACAAGCUAGUGACAGGCUUAAUUGAGAAAUUAGUUGACAUUGUGUGCAGUAUCCAAGGUCAAUCAGAUAACAUCUCACAAGUCUGA